AUGGCGAUAGAAUUCACCCAAGACACACUAGACGAGAUCUACGCCUUUGCAGUCGCUCUCGGUCGUAGAGCCGGCGACCUUCUCCUCGAGCGCAUCGAUAAGCAGAUCGCAAGCGACGGCGAGACUGCAUACACAUACACAGAGAAAGACAAUGCAGUCGACAUUGUCACGCAGACGGACGAGGACGUGGAGACAUUUAUCAAAACCGCAAUCGAGAAGAGAUACCCCGAGCACAAAUUCCUCGGCGAAGAAACCUACGCUCAGGGCCAAUCCCGCUCGUACCUAAUCGACGCACAUCCAACAUGGUGCAUCGAUCCUCUGGACGGAACCGUCAACUUCACCCACCUCUUCCCCACGUUCUGCGUCUCGAUCGGGUUUCUCGUCAACCACCGCCCAGUUAUCGGCGUCAUCUACGCCCCCGCCAUGAAUCAGAUGUUCUCUUCCUGUGUCGGCCGAGGCGCCUGGUUGAAUGACACUCGUGGCGCGCGCCGGCUGCCGCUCCGCCGUAACCCCAUCCCCCCGAUGCCGGCCACGUCGCCGAGGGGGUGUAUCUUUGCAUGUGAGUGGGGGAAGGAUAGACGGGAUAUCCCUGGGGGAAACAUGGCGCGCAAGGUUGAGAGUUUUGUGAGAAUGGCUUCGGAGAGUGGGGGGAUGGUGCACGGGGUAAGGAGUCUGGGGAGUGCGGCGUUGGAUCUGGCGUAUACGGCUAUGGGGGCGGUAGAUAUCUGGUGGGAGGGGGGUUGUUGGGAGUGGGAUGUGGCUGCCGGUAUUGCGAUUCUGCGUGAAGCCGGAGGCCUGGUCACAACGGCGAAUCCGCCUGCGAAUCCCGAGACGGAUCCGAUCGAAGAGGCGCGCUUGGGCAGUCGGUUGUAUCUGGCUAUUAGGCCCGCUGGGCCAUCAGAAACUGAGACCGGGAGACAGACGCAGGAGAGGACUGUGAGGGAGGUGUGGAAGCGCGUGAGGGAGCUGGAUUAUACACGACCUGGUGCAUAG